AUGGCUGCCCCGCUGCCAGAUUUGCCGAGGAGCGCAGGGAGGGCUGCAGAGACUCCGGCUCCCUCCCAGGAGAGCAGCGGGGACUUGGCUCCUUCCCCCUGGCUAGCCCAGCGGGCUCCUCUCAUCCCCCCUGCUGUGCCCCAUUUCCAGGCGGGGCCCCGGCUCGGGCCAGACAGGAUCAAAAAGAAAGAGCUUGGUGUGUUGGCAGUCCCAUCGAUUCCAAACCCUUUUCCUGAGCUAUGUUGCUCUCCACUUUCAUCGGUUUUGUCAGCCAGCCUGUUGCCCAAGGCAACUUCAAGAAAAAAACAGGUAAUUAAAGUAUACAGUGAGGAUGACACUAGCAGAGCUUUGGAAGUGCCAAGUGAUGUAACAGCCAGAGAUGUAUGCCAGCUAUUAAUACUGAAGAAUCAUUACAUAGCUGACCACAGCUGGACACUGUUUGAACACCUUCCUCGCAUAGGUCUAGAAAGAAUUAUAGAAGACCACGAGUUGGUAAUUGAAGUUCAGUCAAACUGGGGAAUUGAAGAAGAAAAUAGACUGUAUUUUAGAAAAAACUAUGCCAAAUAUGAGUUUUUUAAACACCCAGUGAAUUAUUUUCCAGAGCAUAUGGUGUCGUUGUCAAGCGAGACCAGUGGAGUGAUAGGCCACACACAGAUAUUACAGAUGUUCCUAAGUUCCAGCACAUAUCCUGAAAUUCAUGGUUAUUUGCAUGCAAAGGAGCAGGGGAAGAAAUCAUCAUGGAAAAAAUUAUACUUUCUUUUGAGAAGAUCUGGCCUGUAUUUUUCCACUAAAGGGGCAUCAAAGGAACCAAGGCAUCUGCAGUUUUUCAGUGAAUUCAGCAGUAGUGAUAUGUAUAUGUCUUUGGCAGGCAAAAAGAUGUCUGGAACACCAGCAAACUAUGGAUUCUGCUUUAAGCCUAACAAAGCAGGAGGAGCCAGAGACCUGAAGCAGCUUUGUGCAGAUGAUGAGCAGAGUAGGACCUGCUGGAUGACAGCAAUUAGAUUACUUAAGUAUGGAAUGCAGCUGUAUCAGAAUUACAUGCAACCAUAUCAAGGUAGAGGUGGCUGCAGUUCUCUGACUAUAUCACCUAUGAGGAGCAUUUCAGAAAAUUCCUUGGUAGCAAUGGACUUCUCAGGACAUAGAAGCAGAGUUAUUGAAAAUCCAACAGAAGCCCUUUCAGUUGCAGUUGAAGAAGGGUUAGCAUGGCGGAGAAAAGGGUGUUUACGACUCAACACACAUGGAAGUCCUACCACUUCUCAAAGUGCCACAUCCAGUGUAGCUAUACAUAGAACACAACUGUGGUUUCACCAUAAAAUCUCUAGGGAUGAAGCUCAACGACUUAUUUUACAGCAAGGACUUGUAGAUGGGGUUUUCUUGGUACGGGAUAGCCAAAGUAACCCCAAAACGUUUGUAUUGUCAAUGAGCCAUGGACUAAAAAUAAAGCACUUUCAAAUUGUACCACUGGAAGAUGAUGGAAAGCUAUUCUAUACACUGGAUGAUGGUCACACCAGAUUUACUGAUAUCAUCCAGCUUGUGGAGUUCUACCAGCUCAAUAAAGGAGUAUUACCUUGCAAGUUAAAACACUAUUGUGCCCGAAUUGCUCUUUAA